GUUUCUCCGUAAUUUUACAGCUUCACGUCUCCACCAAUGCAGUGGAAACACAAUUUCUCUGUGGCCUAGAAGUAGCAAAAGGUUAAAUCGGUGAAAUCGAGCGGCCACCAGACUGAGGACAGACACACGAACAGGACCGUGCAGAAAUGUCUCCCUUCGAAAAUAAAGGACUAAUACUGGGCAUAAUGGCAGGGACUGCUGGAUUAAGCCUGGUGCUGGUUUGGUACCGCAAGAGCCGAAAGCCUGCUGCAGCUGUGCGUGUUCAUGCGUUCCAGGAUAUAGGUAACAGAAUUAAUUCUGUGGGCUUGCCAAAUGAGGCUCCUAAUGAGCAAGGAGUAAUAAUGGUUUUACAUGGAAGGCAGCUGCAGAUACUGGAAAAAUUGAAUGGCCUGCUACUAAGCAUGGACGAACUGAAGAGGGAGGUGGAAUUUCUGAAAGAAGCUAUUCCAAAACUUGAAGAGCUUGUUCGAAAUGAGCUUCAAGGAAAGGGUGGUGUUCAGAGAGUUAGCCCAUCACACAGGGCAACAAGGCGGAGAAAAGCAGAGACAACUGCUAGUGCAAGAGAAACUACCAGCUCUGAGGAGGCAGAAAGUGAAGGAGGUUACCUUACUGCUCAUACUGAUUCUGAAGGAGACUCCGAGGAAGAAAAGAGAUGUAUGAAAUCACCUGAUGCCGUGGUAAAAUCCGAAGAAGAUGAUGACUUACUUAAUUUUUUACAGAAGGUGGACAAUUUGCACAAGGGCUCAGAAGAUGAUAAAAAGGAGGGCUUCAGUCUGCUGCUUGAGAAAGAUGACAAGUAUGGAAACUCUGUGGACUUCCUUUGGAGGUUUGCACGUGCUUAUGGGGAUCUGUUUGAGAUGACUACUGAUGCUGAGGAGAAGAGGAAAUAUGUCACUGAUGGAAAGAUUAAAGCUGAAAAGGCUGUUCAGCUGGAUGCUGGGAGUGCUGAGAGUCACCAGUGGUUUGCAAUUAUGUGUGGCUAUAUGUCUCAGUUUGAAAGUAUACAAAACAAAAUCAGGAAUGGUUAUCUCUUUAAGGAGCACCUAGACAAGGCAAUUGAACUUAAGCCUCAAGAUCCCUUUUUAUAUUACCUAAAUGGAAGAUGGUGCUAUUCAGUAGCUCAGUUGUCUUGGCUUGAAAAGACAGUAGCUGCUGCUCUCUUUGGGACUCCACCAACUUCAACAGUAGAAGAAGCAUUGCAGAAUUUCCUUAAGGCAGAAGAAAUGCACCCAGGAUAUUCCAAAUGCAAUUAUGUGUAUUUGGCAAAGUGCUAUAAAGAUCUUGGCCAGAAAAACAAUGCACUGAAGUGCUGUGAUUCUGCACUGUCAAUUCUCUCAGUUACUAAUGAGUAUGACACACCUUUUGUCUGGAUGGACUCUCUCCAAAGGAUAAAGAAGCCCAGAAAGACUUAGAAGCUUUACUUCUUACACUGAAGCUCUGAUACUGCGUACUUCUAACUCUUCAUGCUGUAAUAAAAUUGUAAAACUAAAAUGAGACUGGAAACUGCGGUAAAUUUCAGCUAAGUCAAUGGAAAAACAGUCAUUGAUUUUGGUUGACUUUGAUCAUGGCCUUUAAGUGUCUGGCAAUUAUGGUAUUAAAAUAAUACAUUCAUUUUUGAUUAUUUAUAAUCUUGUACUGAAGUUUAAUUUUAGAUUUCUGACACUGUGAGUCUGAUUCUCUGAACAUGAAGUCCACUUCUGGCAAUGGACAUACAGGGGGUUUGAAUGCAAAAGGAAUAAAUCUCACUCUUUGAAAGAUGACUCAACAUCUAAUACGUGAUGCCAGCAUAGAACUGCGUGUAGCAUAAACAAACAAAGAAAUGUUUCUACAGUAAAUUAUAUUUGUAUCAACUAAUUUACACAGAUGUGUACAGAAGAAAAUAAUGAAUAUUUAUGUUUACACAUUUCUCUACUCCUAAAAAAAUUACAAUCUUGUUUAAGUUAAACAAAGCUGUUGCCACAACAAAACUCUUUUUACUUUAAACCUAUUGUUGGUUUUACAAAGUAAUGUGAAAAUUUUAUAAAUUAAAUGUUAUAAUUUAUUUGUAACAUCAAGUAUGAUAUUAAAGAUAAGACCAAUUAAAUAAAGUGGUUUAGAUUAAUCUA